AUGGGUCAAGAGAUGCUCACGUCUACGCUUGUACUUAACAAAAUGCGGAAGCUGGUAUCACUCCCACAGAUUCCCGGUUCCUUAUUGUUCGUAGAUGCAAUGAAUUGCAAGUCCUUGGGGAUAUUAGAUUGCUCCUUUAGCAAUCCACGUAUUGAUCUCAACUUUCGAAACUGCUUCAAACUAAAUCAAGAAGCAAGAAAUCUCAUCAUCCAGGCAUCAACUCGUGGAGAUGUGGUCUUACCCGGAGGAGAAGUUCCUGCCUACUUCGCUUUUCGAUCUUCUCGUAGUUCCUUACAUGUGAAGCUGAAUGAAAAGUCUCUUCGUAAAUCAACACAAUUUAGGGCGUGCAUCCUUCUGGUUAAUGGUGCUAAAUUUUGCGAUCUAUUCAGUUUGGAAUGUAGAGUCACGUCCAAACAGAAUGCUCGCACUGCGUGUAUAACAAAGGAACACUUUCCAGGCCAAAUCUUUUCGGAGCAUUUGUAUAUAUUCAACGUUGAAGCAGAGGAGGUGACUUCCACCGAGCUUUAUUUUGUGUUCGACCUCAGUUUAAUGAUGCAGCCAGGUCCUAUCAACAUAUGUAUUAAAGAAUGCGGGAUACUCCAACUCUAG